AUACAUGCGCAAUUGAGGUUUUCUCUGCUCUUCCGAAAGCUGUGCAGCAUUCGACAUUCGUUACAUUUUGAAUACAGACUGCAGAAAAUCAAGAGCUGAAGAUAAUUUUUAUCUUGUUAAAAAAGACAUUUCUUUUUUAAUUUAACGUUUGCAAUAUAUACUUCAUUCAAACAUCAUGAGAGAGUGUGUAUCCAUUCACAUUGGACAAGCAGGAUGCCAAAUUGGCAAUGCAUGCUGGGAAUUAUAUUGUCUUGAACAUGGCAUUGAGCCAUCAGGACUUGUUUCAGCAGACCAUGAAGCUGAACCUGGUGAUUCCAGCGGCUCAUUUUUCUCCGAGAUGGAAAGUGGUAGGCAAGUCCCAAGAGCAAUCUUUGUUGAUCUUGAACCCAGUGUCGUAGAUGAAAUAAGAACUGGUGCAUACAAAGAGUUGUUCCAUCCUGAACAACUAAUCACUGGCAAGGAAGAUGCUGCAAACAAUUUUGCACGAGGUCAUUAUACAGUUGGUAGGGCCAUGGUGGAUCAAGUUCUCGAUAAAGUUCGAAGACUUACGGAUAUGUGUGAAGGUCUACAAGGCUUCUUAUUAUUUCACUCAUUUGGAGGAGGUACAGGGUCAGGUUUAUCUGCAAGAAUAAUGGAACGUUUAUCAGUUGAUUACGGAAAGAAGAGCAAAUUGCAAUUUGCAGUUUACCCAGCACCGCAAGUCUCCACCGCAGUUGUAGAACCCUAUAAUUCCGUUUUGACAACCCAUUUUACAUUUGAUCAUUCCGAUUGCGCAUUUAUGGUGGACAACGAAGCUAUCUAUGAUAUUUGUCGAAAUAAUUUGAAUGUCGAAAGACCAAACUACACAAACUUGAAUCGUUUGAUCAGUCAAGUUGUAUCAUCCAUCACCGCUUCUCUUCGAUUUGAAGGUGAAUUAAAUGUUGAUUUAAAUGAAUUUCAAACUAAUUUGGUGCCAUACCCAAGAAUUCAUUUCCCAUUGGCUAGUUUUGCACCAAUUAUUUCUAAAGAAAAAGCUAACCAUCAAGCUCUUGAUGUUAGCGAGAUUACAAAAAGUGUAUUUGAAGCCCAGAACCAAAUGGUAAAAUGCGAUCCAAAGGAUGGGAAAUACAUGUCGUGCUGUGUUUUGUAUCGUGGCGACGUGCAACCAAGAGAAGUGAACGCGGCUAUCACAAAAAUUAAGGCAAUGCAUUCUGUACAAUUUGUUGAUUGGUGUCCAACCGGAUUUAAAGUUGGAAUUAAUAACCAAACGCUUUACGCACAAGAAGGUAGCGAUCUUGCUCCCGUCAAGCGUGCAGUGUGCAUGUUGAGCAACACAACCGCUAUGGCUUCGCUAUGGGCAAGAUUGGAUCAUAAAUUUGAUUUGAUGUACAAAAAGAGAGCUUUUGUUCACUGGUAUGUCGGAGAAGGAAUGGAAGAGGGAGAGUUUAACGAAGCAAGGGAAGAUUUAGCUGGUUUGGAACGCGAUUACGAAGAAGUCGGCGGCAACAGUCAACCUGAUGAGGAAGAUGACGAAUACUAAGCACAUUUUCACACACACAUACGUUACUCAUUUCUUCUAUAAGACAAAGCAAAAACACUUUUUCGUUUCUUUAUCAUACUCACUCAUUUAUUUAUAGAUACUUUGACACAAUUUAUUUUUUAGUAUUCUUAUGUUAUAUUUAACUGUGUGGGUACCAUGUAGAAAUUCGAACAUGCGUUUUAAUCAGAAUUUUUUCAAGACCCGAUUGUUAAAUUAUAUAUCUCUUUGUACUAGCUUCAUGUUAGAAUUUUCCUACUAUUGCUUUCACCUACUAUGGUCAUAAUAUAUAUACCAUAUCAAAUUUAACUGUCUUUCGUAAGUCAUUCGUCCCUAUUUUUGCAACGUGUGGUAAAUUUCUAGUCUUUAGCAUUUAUUUAUUAACUUCUUCAUUUUUUGUCACGCAUACGCUUUUGCUCGAGAUUAUUUAGCAGAAAAAAGAACUCCGCGACAACCCGACACAAGACAUAAUUUUCAUCCCGAAGAUGUGAUCUUGCUCUCGCGUGCGUUCUUUGGCAUAGUAACUUGUCAUUAGGAUACGCAUCUCGUAUGAUCUUUUUUUUUUUCAAAAUUAUGCAUUAGUUAACUUUAUAUUUAUUUGUAUUUAGUUAGAAAAGAAAUACAUUUAUAAAAAGA